GGCGCAGAUCUCGCGAUGUUUGAGUUGUGACGGCGGUUAAAAUGGAGUCGGAGGGGGCGGGGUGCGGGAGCAGGGAUGUUUGGAGCUUUUUUUUUAAUAUAAAAUUAUUUAUUUAAAUAAAAAUGGCCGCCGUGGAGAGCGGAGAGGAGAGACUAGAGGAGGGGGAGGAGCCUGUGGAGCAGCCGGCCUCCAGAGAGCGAGACCGAUCCCACAGCAAGACCAAGAAGGCCCGCAGAGAGCGUCGCCAUGCCGACCAGGGGGCGGGGACCACCAGCUCCGCCCUGCAGCCACAGAUGGGAGCGGAGCCGCAGACCCAGGCGGCAGAGCCGGUGGCGGGCCCCUCGGAGCCCGGCUCAGAGUUCGGGGCAGGUAGCGAGUCUGCAGGUUCUCCCCGGCAGCGGCGAUCCGUGAUCCGGGACCGUGGGCCGCUCUACGACGACCCGUCGCUGCCCGAAGGCUGGACCCGCAAACUGAAGCAGAGGAAGUCAGGCCGCUCGGCGGGGAAGUUCGACGUCUACCUGAUCAACUCGGAGGGGAAAGCCUUCCGCUCCAAGGUGGAACUGAUUGCCUACUUCCAGAAGGUCGGCGACACCACCACUGACCCCAACGACUUUGACUUCACCGUCACUGGCCGGGGGAGCCCCUCCCGCCGCGAGAAGCGUCCGCCCAAGAAACCCAAGGUGGUGAAACCGUCAGGCCGAGGCCGGGGCCGGCCCAAAGGCAGUGGGAAGCUGCGGCAGGCCACUGAGGGUGUGGCCAUGAAGCGCGUGGUAGAGAAAACUCCGGGCAAACUGCUGGUCAAGAUGCCCUUCAGCAAGGCAGAGCCCUCCACCGCCACCGCUGCUGCCGCCGCCACAGCUAAGGCAGCGUCUCCUGCGCUGGUUCCCAAGUCCCGUCCCGGCAGAAAGAGGAAGUCCGAGCAGGAGCUUCCGACCCCGCCGCAGACCACUCCCAAGAAGCGGGGCAGGAAGCCAGCCUCGGCGGCAGCAGCAUCAUCAGUCACCGCGACGGCGUCCACCUCCGGCAGCUCGGCCGCCGGGAGCUACUCCGCCGCCGCCAUCUUAGCUGCGGAGGCCAAACGGAGAGCGGCCAAGGAGUCUUCCACCAAACUCGUCGUCCAGGAAACAGCCCUGCCAAUCAAAAAACGCAAAACGAGAGAGACAGUGGAGGAGAGGGAGAGUGUUCAGACUCUGGCUGCUGCCACAGCUGAGACUGAGAGACGGGACACUGUGGAGGGGUCAGGGUCAGGGGAGAUGGCUCAGCCCUCAGACCCUCAGCCUGCCCCCUCCGAGCAGAGACCGGCCGCCGCGGACGAGACACCGCACGUACACAAGGCGCAUAAAGGCAGGAAGCACAAGGAGAAAACAGGACUGUCGGGGGGAGAGGGGAGGAGCCGGGGGGAGGAGGAGGGAGAUGAGGGAGGAACCGGGGGGAGGAGUAGCAGCAGCAGCAGUAGCAUCAGCCCGUCAAAGAGCCACAAGAGGAAGGAGCGUCCGCCUCACAAACACCACCACCACCAUCACCACCGCCACCAACACGCCUCCACCUCCACCUCCACCUCCACGCUGGAACCGCCUCCUCCUGCAGCCUCCAGGCCUGAAGCUAGGCCCCAGACUGGGCCUCAGCCCACCCCCCAACAGGUGCAGCACACCCAGCAAGCUCCUCCAAGACCACAGUCCAAGUCCGCCCCUCAGUCCCCGCCCGAGCCUCGGCAUCCUCCCCCUCAGCCGCGGCACCAGCCCCAGCCCCAGGCCCGGUCCCAGCAGCAACCCCAGCCCCCGUCCCCUGGUCAGCCCCAGGCCCGAUCCCAGCAGCAUCCUCAGACCCCAUCCCCCGGUCAGCCCCAGGCCCGGUCCCAGCAGCAUCCCCAGACCCCGUCCCCCGGUCAGCCCCAGGCCCGGUCCCAGCAGCAUCCCCAGACCCCGUCCCCUGGUCAGUCCCAGGCCCGGUCCCAGCAGCAUCCCCAGACCCCGUCCCCUGGUCAGCCCCAGGCCCGAUCCCAGCAGCAUCCCCAGACCACGUCCCCCGGUCAGCCUCGGUACCCAGCACCCCAGCCGUUUCCGACCAGGCACGCUGUGCCCCAGCCACGGUCACAACAACCCCCACCCCAGACCCACAGUCAGACCCAGGCCCCCCCCCCGAAAGUCCAUUCACAGCCUGUCCACUCUCCCGCUCCGCAUCAGACCCAGCUCCAGGCUCAGCAAGCCCCCCCUCAGUCCCCAUCCAUCCUGCACGUUCAUCCGCCCCAAACGAGGCAUCCGCAUCCCCAGACCCAGGCCCCCCCUGUACUCCAACCCCAAACCCAGACGAGGCACCCAUCUCAACCCCAUCCCCAGCUCAAACAGCAACCGCAGCCCCGGCAGUCACUGCAACCUCAGACCAGGACCCCAGCCCAGCUCCAGACUCAGCUGCAGCUCAGAACCCCUCAACUGCAACCUCAAACCCAGUCCAGGACUCCAGCCCAAACACCGCCUCAGUCCCAGUCCAGAACCCCAGCCCAAACUCCACCUCAGUCCCAGUCCAGAACCCCAGCCCAAACUCCGCCUCAGUCCCAGUCCAGGACCUCAGCCCAACCUCAGCCUUAUCUGCCACCCAGACAUCCAGCUCAGCCCCAACCCCAGACCAGACACCCAUCGCAACACCAGACUCAAUACAGACCACAACCCAGACCGUCUCUCUCCGGGCCGAGGCCGACCCAGUCCCAUUCCCAAGCACAACCACAACCACACUUUCAGCGUAUUCAGACACAGCCACGCGUCCAGCCACAUCCUCAGCUUGCCAGGCCCCAUCUGCAGCACCUCUCAACCCACCGACCCUCUCCCAGCCUCACCAGGACCAGCCUGGUCCCCACUCAGCAGAACCAGAGUGAACAGCCCCAAGACCUGAGCACCUCGCGGCCCGGCCGGGGGAGCCUGCUGCCGAGCCGAGAGGUCAGGGCGGAGGGCGUGAGGGCGGAGGGCCGGGGGGAGCCUGCCGUGGCACCAGAGAGCCGAGAGGAAAGAGGGUCGAACAGCACCUCGAGGCCUUCCGGACCGCCGGGAGUUCCCGGGGUGGACAGCAGGGCUCGGCUCCGGGUGGAGCCAGAGGCGUCGGGCGAGGGCAGGGAGCUCAGAGACAUCGUCCCCCAGUCCGCCGUGCCGUGUCCCAGCCGAGAGGAGACCGUAGAGUCACGGACUGCCGUCAGCGAAAGAGUCAGCUGAUCGCUCGGCUGAUGGACUGAGCUGGCGCCGGGUGGAGAGGUUCGGACACUGUUCGUUGAGGUUCAAUGAUUUUACACUGUUUUCAGAUAGAAGGAGCUGUUGGACUGUCGCAGCUUCACUCCGUCUGAUUCUGUCUGGAGACUCUGUAAAGUCCUGAGGACAGCUGAGAGAGGAGAGUGUCUUUUUCUAGGAAAAACAAACAAAGAGGAAAAAUGAUAAAAAUGUGUGUGUAUAUAUAAUCAAAAGGCAGCUGUUGUGUCCCGCUAGUCUCCGAGGGAGGGGGGAGUAGUUUGGAACUAAAAACCGACGCUUAACAACAUUACUCUGAACGAAACGUUGCUUCCGGAAUAUAACCUGUUUUUGUUUUUUUUAUUUCGUAUUUUGAUAGUUUAUUGUUUUGUCUCUGUUCUCCAGCUUUAAACUCUGAUAUUAUUGACUGACGGUCCCUUAUUCAUCGCCGCGCUGCUGACUGACAGUCCCUUAUUUAAAGACUGACGCUCCGAACUGAAACUGGUCCGACUGAAAGCCUCAGAGGUGAUGUGGGGCGGCGGUUUGCACCUUAAGCUGGUUUCUUACGUUGUUUUUUCGUCCCCGUUUUCCAUUAAGUCCACAAUAAUCCAGGAGAGGGGUCUGUACGGUCCUCGAUCCUCUUCCAGACUGCCCCCUACAGGUAGCGACUCUGAGUGUUUGUCUCCGACUCUGCACAGACCUCAUCCUUGUUCUGGUUCGAGAUAUCUGAACGGCUCGAGGAGUACUCCGUUUGUCCUGUCGGCUGUUCAACGAGAAGAACUCGAGCUCCUGGAUGUUCUUCAGGUGUUUGUUCUUCCAUGUUAGAGAUUCUUCCGUACUGGUCUUCAUCCAAUCUGUUGUUUUGGUAGUUUUUGUUUCCAAAGGAAGCGCUUUUAAUAUCAAACCAAACCCACUUCUCCAGUAGCUUUGUUUUAGUUUGCAGUCUUUACGACAGAGUGGGAAACGGAUCAUUUUUAUCGUGUCUUCGUGUUGAAUGUCUGGAACAGUUUGCACUCCUCCAGUUUGUACAAUCAGCCGCCUGCAUGUCGCUCGGAGACCCUGCAGGCUUUGACCGUAGUGCCGCGUACACAGCUCACCUCUCCGGGUUCACUGCUGCCAUGUGAAGACGCACCGCAGCGGUGAACCUGUGAGCGAGAUCUGCUUCAGCCCCGGUGGAGUCACAACACAAAACUAUUCAGCGAGCAGAAAACCAACUUUGAGUCUGUACGUUCAGAUGAGAGAGAGACCGGAGAUCAGACUCAUCUCUGUUCAUACGGUAUUUCUAAAGUGCCAGUUUAUCUCCAGCUGAAUCGAAAGAACAUUUGAUUCAGCAAACAUACACUUUGUACUCGGCCCCGUGUUGCUUUAUUUAUUUACAUUUUUCUCGCCAACUUUCCAACCAAUAAGAAGUAAUAGUGCCAGUAGAUUUCAGCCCCUAUGCAGAUCUUUUGUUUUAUUUGGUGGCUUUCUUUCCUGCUCUGAAAGAAACCAGAAUAAACACAAAACUAGGGCUGGGCGAUAUGGACCAGAAGUCAUGUUUUAGGCUGAAUAUCGAUAUACGAUAUAUAUUGCAAUAUUUUUUAUCUCAAAGUGAGAGCAAAUGUUCAGUCAAAGUCAAAUAUGACAUGUCACAAGUAGUUUUAUUGAAACUGUUAAUUUAAGUAAGCAUAAAUACUGUAUAACAACAGGAGUACCUUUUUAAAAAAAAUCAAAGCUCCAUAAAGUGCACAUUUAAGUGAAAAAUAUCUUAAAUAAAAUUAGCCUAUGAAAUAAAAUAGGCCAAUCUUUUUCUGAACUAAAUAUCACAAACCCUAGUAAGGGCAGCAUUUAUAUAUAAAGAAAGAAAAAAACAACUAUAUGUAUGUGAUAUGGUCUAAUUCCAUAUCACAUUUAAAAAUAUAUCAAUAUAUCUUUUAUAUCGAUAUAUUGCCCAGCCCAAUACAAAACCAACCAAAAGUUUAUAUAAAGUUUAUCCUGAGCUGUAACUGGAGUUAAACCAACUAAAACAUAUAUAUAAUAGGAAUAUAUAGGAAUAUAUAUAAUAAUAGAUAAUACAGCAGCUCCACCAACCCAACAUCGAUCAGUUAGUUCAGCACAGGAUCAGACUAUUGAAGAGUUCUGCUGAUCGUUAAUUUCUGAGGAUGAUUUAGUUUUUUUUUUGCUUCAUAUGCAUAAAUGUGUUUGUAGAGCUGAGCUGUUUGGACCUCCAGAAGCCUGUAAAUAAUAAACAACAGUAGGAGGACGUCUCGGAGCUGCUGGGAGUCGUAAUCUGAGGGAUCUCUCAUGUGGACAUACAGACGUGUGAAUGUCUCAGUCAGUUUCUGUUGAUAAAGUUUUGCACCUUAGUGUUGUUGCUCUGUGAGGAAGGCUCCGCACUUUAACGUUGGAAAAUUUGAGCUUUUUCCCCCUCGAACAGAAACAAACCAAUAAGUGAAUGUCUUCAUCCCGGAUCUAAUAAUGUGCCUCCUGACGCUGUUUCCUCCACCGUGGCGAGCGUACGCGGCGCUGCCUGCCGCCCCGCCCACCGUUAGCAUGCUGUCUCUCACGCAGCUGCAGAAUCAAACGGACUCGCUCCACAGGACUCGACCCGGCACAAACUACAGUAACCAGCCACCAUAUUGCAUGUUCCAGAGUUUAGUGCCUAUAAUAUUGUGCGUCUUGCCAGAAGCCACCAUGUCAGCCAAGCCAUGUUGUGUUUCUAGACUUAGUAGUGAUGUGUGUGGUGACUUCAUAGUUGCUAAUAUUGAGGAUGAAUAUUCUGCUUUUACUCUGGUUGGAAUUCAGUGAAACUCCAAUACACUGUCGCUGUAGACAAACUAGUUUUUACCUGUUUUCUUAUUUUUAUUUCUAACUAAAAGCGUUUGUUGUCCCCUGG